CGGUGCGGACAGCGGGCUCGAGCAGUGAAGAGCAGCCGCGCGCCCCGCUGGGCUCCCGGGCACUGGCCCCGCUCCUGAGCGCUCCUGGGCACCGGCUGUGCGGCUGACACUCGGAAGCCAGGACUCCCCACGCCUCCUGCGACGCGCGCGCGCGGACGAGGUCCCCGAGGGACAGGCUACUCGGGGACCGCCGCACGACUGGCUGGAGAUCUAAGGGAGCAGAAAACACUCAAGCUGGAUUUUUAAGUCAUUGCACACUAACAAUAAACCACAAGUCGCAGAAUGUGAUCCUGAGUAAAACGCUUCUGAAAAAUUAGCUUCAAGCAACAGAGGAAAGAAAACUGGAGGGCCGUUUUGAAACACUGGUCUAAAACAAACUGUUCUUGUUGGAAAUUACAACUGGAAACUUUUGCCUGGCUCUCAACAUACCCAAAUGAAAGGCGCUGUCAACUUGUUUCUCACAGAGACCGGGAUUAUGUGAGAUUACCUGUUAUCUUAACAUGAUCGCCAGGGGAGGGAACACAGAAGAGUAACUGAAGGACACAGGUCAAAAUGACUUCUGAAGAAAUGGCCGCUUCCGUCCUCAUCCCUGUGACUCAGAGGACAGUGGCUUCUGCCCAGUCGGCAGUGGGAGAGGACAAGAGUGAACAGGUCUCAGAUGCUGGUGCUCCAAAGGUACGCGCUGGCAGGCGCAGCGGCCAGAUCCCCCAGACCCUCUCACGGUGGAACAAACCUGAGGCAGAGCCUUCUAGAAGCGAUUUGUCCCAGGUCCUCUCAAUAGCAACAGGAGGAAUAAUGAACGAUGAGAACCACAAUGAACAGUGCUGGGCGCAAAGCCUGCCAGAUUCUGUGAGAAACCGCACCGUCAACUGCAACAGCCUAUUGCAAAGUCACCAGUGUGACCCUCCUCGGAACCAGCUUCGUGGGGCCUGUGACUCGGUCGCAGAAGAGGGCCUGUGUUUGCAAACUGGAAUUUCUUCUCCACUGGAAAGGAAGGCAUUCCCUGGAAUUCAACUGGAAAUGGGUGAUCCUCCCAUGGAUGUGAGCCCUUUGGGAAACGAGCCUGGAAUCACGGAGCCCAGCGGACCUCAGCCUGACAGCAACAUGGCGGUCUUUCAUUUCCGUUAUAAAGCGGACGGAACAAUGUCCGAUGCUUUCCAUUCCCUGUCAGAAAAAUUAAUUUUGGAUGACUGUGCAAACUACGUUGCUCUUCCUGGGGGGCAGCAGAAGAAACAUUACGAGGCAUAUACUUGUAAGCUAGUGGAACUGACCAGAGACUGUGGCAAUAAGAACGGGCAGCUGCAGUGCGAACAUUGCAGCUUGCUGCACAGCAAAUACCUGCGCUUUGAAAGUUCCUGCCCGCAGGCUGAUGGGGGCUGCUCAGGGGCUGGAUUUUGCAGGGAGGGUUUUACUCACAACCCACCUGCCAAGACUUUCCUGAGCCCUUUCGAGGAUUUCUCUGACAGUUGUGAAGACAUAGACGAUUUUUUGAAAAGCAAAAAGGAACGGUCCACUUUGCUGGUGAGAAGGUUUUGUAAAAAUGACAGGGAAGUGAAGAAGUCCGUGUACACCGGCACGAGAGCCAUAGUGAGAACCCUGCCUUCUGGCCAUAUCGGGCCAGCUGCUUGGAGCCAUGUGGAUCGGAAGAGAGCGAGGCUCUUAGGGUCUUGUGGGGAUGCAAUGGAACCUCUGUCAGCGAUGGAUGUAAGGCCACGUGGGAGCCUACGUCUGUCUGAAGCCCAGUGGUGUCUGGAAUUCCCUAUGGAAGUCAGAUUGAAGCAUAAAUGGGGGCAGGCAGACAUGGUCAGUCAUCCAGGAGAGUUCAAAAGGAUGAGAGAAAGGUUUGUCCUUGUGGCUCUACUGAAGAGCGUUGUGGAGGAGGAGAAAUUUGAGCUGAAUGUAUUUUUGAUCUACAGUGCAGUGAGAAGAGGAGAAGAAGCAGAAGCUACGGUUGGAUCUCUCCUGCACUGCUCCAGACAGCUCCCGACCUCCGAGACAGCCUGUGGAAGAAUUAGAGACGGCCCACGCAUAAAGCGAUGUGUACGAGACACCGAGUGUGAGUUCCGUGCCACCCCCCAAAGGACAUCCGUAGCUCAGUACAUCACUGGCUCUCUUCUAGAGGCCACCACCUCUUUAGGAGCAAGAAGCGGCCUUCUCAGUACCUUCGGAGGAUCCACUGGACGAGUAAUGCUGAAAGAACGCCAACCGGGCAUCUCUAUGGCCAAUUCCAAUACUGUUCCUUCAAGUUCAGCUGGCAUCAGCAAGGAGCUCCUUGAUCUCCAGCCCCUCAUUCAGUUUCCGGAGGAAGUGGCGAGCAUCCUGACAGAACAGGAGCAGAACAUUUACCGAAGGGUCCUGCCCAUAGACUACCUUUGUUUCUUAACCCGGGACUUGAGCUCCCAUGAAUGCCGGAGCUCCCUGCCCCGUCUCAAAGCGUCCAUCUCAGCAUCCAUCCUCACCUCUCAGAAUGGCGAGCACAACGCCCUUGAAGACCUCGUGAUGAGAUUUAAUGAGGUGAGUUCCUGGGUGACAUGGCUGAUCCUCACAGCAGGCUCCAUGGAGGAGAAGCGGGAGGUCUUCUCACAUCUGGUGCAUGUGGCCAAAUGCUGCUGGAACAUGGGCAACUACAACGCUGUCAUGGAGUUCCUGGCCGGCCUCAGGUCAAGGAAAGUUCUAAAGAUGUGGCAGUUCAUGGAUCAGUCUGACAUUGAGACCAUGAGGAGCCUGAAGGAUGCCAUGGCUCAGCAUGAGUCUUCGCUGGAGUACAAGAAGGUGGUGACCCGUGCUCUGCACAUCCCCGGCUGUAAGGUGGUUCCCUUCUGUGGGGUGUUCCUGAAGGAGCUCUGUGAAGUGCUUGAUGGCGCCUCCAGCCUCCUGAAGCUCUGCCCACGGUACAGCUCCCAAGAAGAAGCUCUGGAGUUUGUAGCUGAUUACAGUGGCCAAGACAACUUCUUACAACGAGUGGGGCAGAAUGGCUUGAAGAAUUCAGAGAAGGAGUCCACGGUCAACAGCAUCUUCCAGAUCAUCCGGAGCUGCAGUCGAAGCCUGGAGAUGGAGGAGGAGGACAGCUCCAGCGAGGGGACUGGCUCCAGGAAGAACUCCUUGAAGGACAGAACCCGGUGGCAGUUUAUAAUUGGAGAUUUGCUGGAUUCUGAAAAUGAUAUCUUUGAGAAGUCCAAAGAAUGCGACCCUCAUGGGUCAGAUGAGUCCCAGAAGGCCUUCGACCAUGGGACCGAGCUCAUCCCGUGGUACGUGCUGUCCAUCCAAGCUGAUGUGCACCAGUUCCUAUUGCAGGGGGCCACUGUCAUCCACUAUGACCAGGACACACAUCUCUCUGCCCGCUGCUUUCUCCAAUUACAGCCUGACAAUAGUACCUUAACCUGGAUGAAGCCUCCCACCGCCUCCCCGGCCGGUGCCAGACCCAAGCUUGGUAUGCUUAGCAAUAUGUCUGAGCCUGGCAAGUUCCCAUCACUAGGCAAUGCUGGGCUGAGUGGCCUGACCGAGGGAAUCCUGGAUCUGUUUUCUGUGAAGGCAGUGUACAUGGGACACCCAGGCAUUGAUAUACACACUGUGUGUGUUCAGAACAAACUGAGCAGCCUGCUUCUCUCCGAGGCUGGAGUGACCCUGCUCUAUGGGCUCCAGACUACCGACAAUAGACUUUUGCACUUUGUGGCACCGAAGCACACAGCUAAGAUGCUUUUUAGUGGACUGCUGGAGCUCACGACAGCUGUGAGAAAGAUCAGGCGGUUCCCUGACCAAAGACAGCAGUGGCUUCGGAAACAGUAUGUCAGCCUCUAUCAGGAGGAUGGUCGGUAUGAAGGCCCAACCUUGGCUCAUGCUGUGGAGUUGUUUGGUGGCAGACGAUGGAACGCAAGAAACCCCAGCCCUGGGAUGUCAGCAAAGAAUGCUGAGAAGCCCAGCAUGCAGAGAAACAACACCUUGGGCAUAAGCACCACCAAGAAAAAGAAGAAGAUGCUCAUGAGGGGAGAGAGCGGAGAGGCAACCGACGACGAGAUGGUGACCCGCAAGGCCAAGAUGUACAGGGAGUGUCGAAGCCGGAGCGGUUCUGACCCCCAGGACGUGAACGAGCAAGAAGAGUUGGAAGCCAAUGUCAUCACUAACCCUCCCAACCUCCUCCAUUCCAGAAGAGCUCACUCUUUGACCACGGCUGGGUCCCCCAACUUGGCUACCGGGAUGUCAUCUCCCAUCAGUGCCUGGAGCAGCAGCAGCUGGCAUGGGCGGAUCAAAGGUGGGAUGAAGGGUUUCCAGAGCUUUAUGGUUUCAGACAGUAACAUGAGCUUCAUUGAAUUCGUCGGGCUGUUCAAAUCAUUCAGCGUAAGGAGCCGCAAGGACCUGAAGGACAUUUUUGACAUCUACUCUGUGCCCUGCAAUCGGUCUGCCUCUGAGUCAGCCCCCCUGUACACGAACCUGACCAUUGAAGAAAACACCAGUGACCUUCAGCCUGACCUAGAUUUGCUGACCAGAAACGUCUCAGACCUGGGGUUGUUCAUUAAGAGUAAACAGCAGCUUUCGGACAACCAGAGGCAGAUAUCCGAUGCCAUUGCAGCUGCCAGCAUCGUGACCAACGGCACUGGGAUUGAGAGCACAUCCCUGGGCAUAUUCGGGGUUGGCAUACUCCAGCUCAAUGACUUCCUGGUGAAUUGCCAAGGAGAACACUGCACGUACGACGAAAUUCUCAGCAUCAUCCAGAAAUUCGAGCCUAGCAUCAGCAUGUGUCAUCAGGGCCUAAUGUCGUUUGAAGGGUUUGCAAGGUUUCUGAUGGAUAAAGACAAUUUCGCCUCGAGAAAUGACGAGUCACAGGAGAGCAAGAAAGAGCUGCAGCUACCCCUCUCGUACUAUUACAUUGAAUCCUCACACAACACCUACCUCACAGGCCAUCAGCUCAAGGGGGAGUCCUCUGUGGAGCUCUACAGCCAGGUCCUCUUGCAAGGAUGCAGGAGCAUAGAGCUGGACUGCUGGGAUGGAGAUGACGGCAUGCCCAUUAUUUAUCAUGGACAUACACUGACGACCAAGAUCCCCUUCAAGGAAGUGGUGGAAGCCAUCGAUCGCAGUGCCUUCAUCACCUCCGACCUCCCAAUUAUCAUAUCCAUUGAGAACCACUGCUCACUGCCUCAACAACGAAAGAUGGCAGAAAUCUUCAAGAGUGUCUUUGGAGAAAAGCUGGUGGCUAAAUUCCUAUUCGAGACCGAUUUCUCAGAUGACCCAAUGCUUCCCUCACCUGACCAACUUAGGAGGAAAGUGCUUCUUAAAAACAAGAAGCUAAAGGCCCAUCAGACGCCAGUUGACAUCCUAAAACAAAAGGCUCAUCAGUUAGCAUCCAUGCAAGCACAGGCUUUCACUGGUGGGAACACCAACCCCCCACCUGCCAGUAAUGAGGAAGAGGAAGAUGAAGAGGAUGAAUACGAUUAUGAUUAUGAAUCCCUUUCCGAUGCAGAUCUCCUUACUGCUUCCCCUGUUCCUAACAGUCAGGAAGACAAUAUUCUGGAAGACAAACCUGAAAACAAAGCGUGUGCUGACAAGCUUCAGUUUGAGUACAAUGAAGAAAUCCCCAAGAGGAUAAAGAAAGCGGAUAACUCUUCUUGCAGUAAGGGAAAGGUGUAUGACAUGGAACUGGGAGAGGAGUUUUACCUCCCUCAGAACAAAAAGGAAAGCAGGCAGAUUGCACCGGAGCUCUCUGACCUCAUCAUCUACUGCCAGGCAGUAAAAUUUCCCGGCCUGUCAACUCUAAAUUCAUCUGGCUCUAGCAGAGGGAAAGAAAGGAAAAGCAGGAAGUCCAUUUUUGGCAACAAUCCUGGCAGAAUGAGCCCAGGGGAGACAGCUUCAUUUACCAGAACAUGUGGAAAAAGUUCCUUUGAAGGAAUUCGACAAACCUGGGAGGAAUCUUCUCCACUCAGCCCAAGCACGUCCCUCAGCGCUAUCAUUAGAACUCCCAAAUGCUAUCAUAUCUCAUCACUGAAUGAAAAUGCCGCCAAACGUCUGUGUCGCAGGUAUUCUCAGAAACUGAUCCAGCACACAGCUUGCCAGCUGCUGAGGACCUACCCCGCGGCGACCCGAAUCGACUCAUCCAAUCCCAACCCCAUCAUGUUUUGGCUCCACGGCAUACAGCUUGUAGCCCUCAACUACCAGACGGAUGAUCUUCCUUUACAUUUAAAUGCUGCAAUGUUUGAGGCAAAUGGUGGCUGCGGUUACGUUUUGAAGCCCCCAGUCCUGUGGGAUAAAAGUUGCCCCAUGUACCAGAAGUUUUCUCCCCUGGAAAGAGACCUGGACAACAUGGACCCAGCUAUCUAUUCUUUAACUAUCAUCUCUGGCCAAAACGUGUGCCCCAGUAACAGCACCGGAAGUCCGUGCAUCGAGGUUGACGUCUUGGGCAUGCCGCUGGACAGCUGCCAUUUCCGCACGAAGCCCAUCCACCGAAACACGCUUAACCCCAUGUGGAACGAACAGUUUCUCUUCCGGGUUCACUUUGAAGACCUUGUGUUUCUUCGUUUUGCAGUUGUGGAAAACAACAGUUCGGCAAUAACAGCUCAGAGAAUCAUUCCACUCAAAGCUUUAAAACGAGGUUACCGACAUCUUCAGCUGCGGAACCUCCACAAUGAAAUAUUGGAAAUCUCCAGCUUAUUCAUCAACAGCAGAAGGAUGGAAGAAAAUACCUCUGGCAGCAGCAUGCCGGCCUCUUUGAUGUUUAACUCUGAAGAGAGGAAAUGUUCUCAGACUCACAGAGUCACCGUGCAUGGUGUCCCAGGUCCAGAGCCCUUUGCUGUUUUCACUAUAAAUGGAAGCACCAAGGCAAAGCAGCUUCUCCAACAGAUUCUGGUGACAGACCAAGACACCAAACUCACCGCCAUAGACUGUUUUCUGAUGGAAGAGAAGCAUUUUAUAUCUAAGGAGAAGAAUGAGUGCAAGAAACAACCAUUCCAGAGAGCUGUGGGUCCAGAAGAAGAUAUCGUGCAGAUUUUAAACAGCUGGUUCCCAGAAGAAGGCUACGUAGGCAGGAUUGUCUUAAAGUCCCAGCAGGAAACCCUAGAAGAGAAAAGCAUUGUCCAAGAUGACAAAGAGGUGACGGUCUUGAGCUCGGAGGAAGAGAGUUUCUUUGUCCACGUUCAUGAUGUCUCUCCAGAGCAACCCCGAACUGUCAUCAAAGCCCCCCGAGUCAGCACUGCACAGGAUGUCAUUCAGCAGACGUUAUGCAAAGCCAAAUAUUCCUACAGCAUCCUGAACAACCCCAACCCAGGCGACUAUGUGCUUUUGGAAGAGGUGAUGAAAGAUGCACCCAAUAAGAAGUCUUCUGCUCCAAAGCCCUCACAGAGGAUCCUUUUGGACCAAGAGUGUGUGUUUCAAGCCCAAAGCAAGUGGAAAGGUGCAGGGAAAUUCAUCCUAAAGCUAAAGGAGCAGGUUCAGGCAUCCCGAGAAGAUAAAAGGAGGGGCAUCUCCUUUGCAAGUGAACUCAAGAAACUCACUAAGUCCACUAAGCAGCCCCGAGGACUCACCUCGCCUCCUCAGCUUGUGGCCUCAGAAAGUGUCCAAGUCAAGGAGGAGAAACCUGUGGGUGCCUUGUCCCCCAGUGACGCAGUGGGUUACCAGCAGUGACGGAGGGCAGCGUGUUUGACUCAGGUAUAUUAAGGUGAAGAUCCUUGGUGAGAAGCGCUGAAGAAUGAACAUGGCGGAGAAAACAUACUUUACUUCCAUCACAUGGAAACUGCAAAGUGAUGGUUUCUCAACUCCUGCCCUCUUCACACCUGAUGUGAGGAACACGCGGAGGACAAGCAGAGUGGCUCAGGGCUGCCAGCUGACUUCCUGAGGAAUGAAGCAAGGACACCCAGGGCAUUGCACAGAUGUUACAGGUGGAAAAGCCAGGCCCAAGCUUAAGGCAACCAGCAUCAUCUGUAAAGGGACAGGCGGUACACAUUUUAGGGUCGGGGCCAUACGGCUUCGGCUGGCUUUGACUCAGUUCUGUCACAGGAGUGCAAAGGCAGCUGCUGACAACAGGUACAAGAAUGAACAUGACUGAAAAUAAAAUUUUAUUUAUGGACACAUGAAUUGGACUUUCAUAUCAUUUUCACAUAUCACAAAUCUUUCAAGUAUUCCAACCACUUAAGAUUGUAAAAGCUAUUCUUAAGGGUAAGGGUCAUACAAAAACACAUGAACUUGGCCCAAGGACCAGCUGGCUGACCCAACGUGGAGAACUGGGAACCAGAGGCACAGAGAUUGGAAAACCUUGAGAACUGGCCAUAGGUUUAAUGAGAAGUGGAAGCCUAGGGCAUUGGAAAUGUAAAUAUGUCCUGUAAGGUUUGUUAACAAUUAUUCAAAUUAGUUCCUAUAUUGUGUACCAAGGUGCACUCUUUAGGCUGCCGUUUUGCAAAUAGAAACGUUCUUUUUUUCAAAAGCUAGUAUUCAUUUGCCCACAGAUUGUUCCAAUUUCAGUUCUCACAAAAUGAAUUUAGAAUGAUGUACAAUUUAAUAUCUACUGAGUUGUGACGUCUUAAUAAGACUAAUCAUUUUUAAAAAGCAAAAGCAGAUUAAGUUGAUGUUUAAAGUAGACUUAUUUAUUUUGCAAUGUUUGUACUGACACUGUACUUGUGUAUUUAUUAGACAUAGCUUUCUUGAUAUUGCUAUGGUUACAAGCAUUAGUAGUUCAAUCUAUUUCAAGACUUCCUAAAAAUAAAACAUUUGAACAUGAAAAGUGCUAGACAUCUAGUGCAAUGGCGUCUGAUUUACUGAAGAGCCACGGAUCAGAGACACACUUGCCAUCUGACGUAAAUUAUUUAUAAAACUGUCCAUCACAAAACUGUCAACUAGCUGGGCGGUUGUGGUGCACACCUAUAAUCCAAGCACUUGUGAGGCAGAGGCAGGUGGGUCUCUCUGA